CGGUCUUGGGGUCGCAUCAUCUACUUGAAUAUAUAUAAUUUAUCUCUGUCUUGUCAUAUUUUAUUGGUCUUUUAGGAAUUUACAUACUAUACUUCAUAACCUACAUACCUGGGUUAUUUGAUCCCUGCCUUCCACCAUGGCCGGCCGCAGUCAAGAUGUACUGACGAAAGUGUCCACGGAAGCGGCCACCGAGUUCGUCCACUCGUUCUACCCCGCGCUCCAGAAUAAUCGCGCGGCGAUCGCCUCCUUCUACAGCAAGCCUACGGCAACGAUCCUAUUCAACGGGAACCCCGUGGCGGACGGGACGGCUGUGCAGGAGAUCUUCGUCAAUCAGAUGCCGCCAGCACACUAUGAGUUCCAGUCGUUCGACUGCCAAAUCCUCAACCCGACGUACCCGACCCCCACGCCAACCGGGGUCAAACUGCCGAACCAGCUGUCGGUCAAGGAUAUGUCGAUUCUCGUCAUUGUCAGCGGACAUGUGCGAUACGGCGAAUCGAGAGACCUUCCUCAGCGCGGAUUCAGCGAAACUUUCAUCCUGGUGCCUAACCCAACCUCCGAUGCCCCCAAGGGACGGCGCAAGAGGGAGUGGCUUAUCCAGACGCAAAACUUCCGACUGGUUGUUUGAGUGAUACGAUUAUGAUGGAAGAGUCUUACGCUGUUAUGAAUCAUGGUCACGGUUUUGGAUAA